CGUGUGCGUGCUCGGCCCCUAGCCGGUCCUUUGCCUGCCUGUCUCGCAGCGCACGCUCGCAGACUGUGUUGGAGCCGGAGCUGCGGAGGUCAACGCGGGGAGGCGGGGCGGGGGCAGCAAUGGCAGCCUCCGUUUGGCUCCGUGGAGCCGCCUCCGGCCUCCAGCACUGGGGCCGCCGGCAGUGGCCGGCCGCGUCUAACAUUGCAGCGGUGUGUUCUAGGUCAGUGGCAUCUAAGACUCCAGUUGGAUUCAUUGGACUAGGCAACAUGGGGAAUCCAAUGGCAAAAAAUCUCAUGAAACACGGCUAUCCUCUCGUUAUUUAUGAUGUGUUCCCUGAUGCGUGCAAAGAGUUUCACGAUGCAGGUGAACAGGUAGUGUCUUCCCCAGCAGAUGUAGCUGAAAAAGCUGACAGAAUUAUUACAAUGUUGCCCACCAGUACUAACGCAAUAGAAGCUUAUUCUGGAGCAAAUGGAAUUCUAAAAAAAGUGAAGAAAGGCUCACUAUUAAUAGAUUCCAGUACUAUUGAUCCUGCAGUCUCAAAAGAAUUGGCCAAAGAGGUUGAGAAGAUGGGAGCAGUUUUCAUGGAUGCCCCGGUUUCUGGUGGUGUGGGAGCCGCUCGGUCUGGGAACCUCACGUUCAUGGUGGGAGGAGUCGAAGAGGAAUUUGCUGCAGCCCAGGAGCUGCUGGGCUGCAUGGGCGCCAACGUGGUGUACUGCGGCGCUGUUGGGACCGGGCAGGCCGCAAAGAUCUGCAACAACAUGCUGUUAGCUAUUACUAUGAUUGGAACUGCUGAAGCCAUGAAUCUUGGGAUCAGGUUAGGGCUUGACCCAAAACUGUUGGCUAAAAUCCUAAAUAUGAGCUCAGGACGGUGUUGGUCAAGUGACACUUACAACCCUGUCCCUGGAGUGAUGGAUGGCGUCCCCUCGGCUAACAACUAUCAGGGCGGAUUCGGAUCAACGCUCAUGGCUAAGGAUCUGGGAUUAGCACAAGACUCUGCCACCAGCACGAAGAGCCCAAUCCUGCUGGGCAGUCAAGCCCAUCAGAUCUACAGGAUGAUGUGCGCAAAGGGCUACGCAAAGAAAGACUUCUCGUCCGUGUUCCAGUAUCUGCGAGAGGAGGAGACCUUCUGAGCUGGCACUGGGGCCGUGGACACUGUGGAAACCCAGCUGUGACUCGGAGCUUCCACAAGCUCAAUGAGUUUAAUCAAAGGUCACCUGUCUGCUUUUGAUUGUCUAGGUCACCAUGGAAUGGGUUUUUCACCCAUUUUCUCCUGCAUAUUCUUUGUAUCUAUUUAGCAAGUAUACGGUAUCUGAUUUUUUUUCUGUUACUCCCCAAUGGUCUCUGUUAAACGGCCGAUUGACCCAUUUCAAAAGUUUGAUCCUGCGCAUCUUCAACUCCAUCGUUGACUACUUCAAUCAGGAUGUUCGCUCCAGUUUACAAAUAAAACCAAAAGUUUCUCAUAAGCAUGAAACCAGUCUUAAAGGGGAAAAAAAAGAAAUCGUUUGAGGAAAGGAGUUACAGAAAGGGGAAGUAUAGUGAGUAACUACCCAUGUCCCUCAGGAAGUUGACCCUGUGACGCCCGAGUGGGGGUCUUCUCGCGUCACUGAGGCUACUGAGCUAUUUUCCAGGGGAUGGCUGAAGUGAAAGAACGCCUUGGUGUGUGUUUCAUAAUUUGGACUCCAUUAUAGUAUCUGAGUGCGUCCCUCUUGUAACAAUUCCCGAUACUCAGUAAACUUGUUUUUUAUAUUUUUCCUUCCUUGUACAUUCUUCUUACAUAUUUUUGACUUCAAAAGGAUGACGUCUUUAGACCUGUUUCAGAGCCACUGAAUGAUAAUUGCUUUAGAUAAUUAUAGUCUAAAUAGAACAAUAUUAUUUUGAAUUCAAAUAAAUUUCUAUGCUGAUAACCCAUUUUUGGAGUGUUUGC